AUGCCUCUCGACCACGUCUCAUACUCCGUGCCCUUCAGCAAAUUCGACGACGAGGUCGGCUUCCUGCUCGCCUCGUUCGGGCACAUGGGCCUCAAGGAGUUCAUGCGCCCCGCGCCCGGCGUGGUCGGCCUGGGCGAGGAAUGCCAGCCCUGGCUGUGGAUUUCUGGCAUCGAGGACAGACAGCCAAUAGGCGAUGACGUGAGGGUGCUGAAGAACCAUCUGGCCUUGACAGCGAAAGACCGCGCUCAGGUCGACGCCUUCCACGCCGCGGCCCUCAAAGCCGGCGGGACCGACAACGGCAAACCCGGCGUGAGGGCCGAAUACCAUCCGAACUAUUACGCCGCGUUCGUCACCUCUCCCGGAGGUCAUAAUAUCGAGUGUGUGGUGCAUACUCCUCCUCCUCCGGCCAACUGA